GAGAUUCUUAAGCCCCCUGAAUUCCCAGUUUGCUUUGAGGUUCAAGCUCGUUUUGUUAAACCGCAAGAUAAUCGCAGUUGUUCUGUUGUUGUUGUACUGUACAAUAACCCUAACUUCUUCGCUUCCCGUGUCCGAUCGACACGAUAUAUACUAUAUUUCUCCAUACAUACAUAUCCAUCACCAUGAAGACCCUUUCGCUUACCAGCAUUCUCCUCCUCUCGCCCCUGCUUGUGACUGCCGGCCCCGCUGGCGUCCGCACCAGGGAGUCGACCGCGCAAACCAGCAUCAGCAGCGAGCAGAUCCAGACGAUCGCCCCCACGUCCAACACCUGCGCCGACGCACCGGCGGUCGGCGAGUGUGCCACCUCUGACACAGCAGCCUCAAGCAUCGCCAAGUCGUUCCAGACCUACGGCGUGACCAACAAGGCCGAGCAGGCGGCGGUGAUCGGGCUGAUGGCCUUCGAGAGUCAGGACUUCAAGUACAAUAAGAACCAUUUCCCCGGCGUAGCCGGUCAGGGCACCCGCAACAUGCAAUCCCCCGCCUUCAACGCGAAGUACGCCGCCUCAAUCCCCGCCCUGGCGGAACCGCUGAAGAGCGCCAGCGGCGAUGUGACGGCUACGCUGGAUCUGCUCCGAGCCGUCCCCGAGUAUGACUUUGGCUCCGGCGCGUGGUUCCUCACCACCCAGUGUAGUUCGACUGUUCGCGCGCAGCUGCAGAAGGGCGGCCAGGCUGGCUGGGAGGCGUUUAUCACUGGGUGUGUGGGUACGGAUGCUAAUGAUGAGCGAAAGGCGUAUUGGACUCGGGCUGUUGGGGCUCUGGGGGCUUAGGGUUUGGGUUUGGGUUUGGUUUUCGGUGUGAUUUCCGAGAGCGGAGUGGUAAAUUCGAGAAUUUAUUGUGUUUAUAAUCUGUUUUCUGGAUGUUUGAGUAGAAUGGGUGUGUUGGUUAUACCCCGUAGGAUCAAGGUUAGGUAUCUCUAUGAUUUGAGCUGGCUGUGACGAGGAGGAGGUAUGGG